AUGAUGGGACCUUUCCCGUCAUUAGGCCGACCCGGGCUCUACACCACCCCCUUCGUCGGCAUGGGAACAUUGGAGCUCAGCACCAAUUUUGUGCGCUCAAAAACCACAGUCCGAAUGAGCAUGGAGCCUAUCAGCUAUAGAGCUACAACCGGCCCCGGCCUUUUUAACCGAAUCAUGCUUGGCAGGAUGCUGAAUCGAUUGAAGCAUGCCGGUGUCGCCGUGGACCUGCCAUUAUAUCAUCAACUCGUCCAUAGACCGACUUUAUCCGAUGAAGAGGAAGCCGCAUUUCCUAAAUGCGACGAGAAAAGAAAUCUGCCGUACAAUUAUCAGGUUGCGGUGGUCUUGGAUUUUGCAAAUGAAGACGCCGCAGUCAGGGCUGUCGAUAAAGAGGAAAGCUUCAAAUAUGCCUUGGCCGUGCUCAAGAACUACUUUACAAAGCUUCCUUCGUCUAUAUCCGUGCACUGGAUAUGCUUUGACCUUGUCAACCCCAAGACCUCGCGAUUCAAAAUCUACUUGUUGGAUCACCAAGUAGACUUCCAGCGUGUCGCUAAUCUCUGGACCCUAGAUGAUGUGCUUGCAAGUGCCGAGAAUUCAAAGGGACUGGACCUGCUACGUGAACUAUGGGAAGGUCUCAAAAUCUCCGACGGUCUUCGCAAAUCGACUGCGAAUUCCGAUCAAGCUGAUAUCGUACGCGAAUCCUUGUGCAUUCUUGCUAACUACGAAUGUCAACCGGGUCGAUCGCUCCUACAGCCGAAGAUCUAUGUACUGCUUUCCGGAAUGAGUGAAAUAGGCAUCGCAAAGGUCGUUUCAAGCUUCAUGCAACGACACCUGAAUGCCGAAUAG